AUGGCGACUCUCAAUGCUCUCAAGAAAGCCCUGAAAAAGGUCGGCGAUGAAGCGCCACGGAAACCAUUGAACGACCGAGAGUACGACGUUUCGCUCAAGCUCUUUGCCGAGGCCUCCGAUGAGCAGACAUACCGGAGAAAUUUCAUAAUUCCUCAACUGUCGGAACUGAUAGCCUCGCUCUCAACACGAGAUGAGUUAUCAGUCUUGGAGAUUGGCCCAGGUCCGAAGAGUGUUCUAGGGCACCUGCCGGACAGUCUGAGGAAGAGGAUCACGAAGUACGUCGCACUAGAGCCCUCUUUUCAAUACACUCAAAGUCUCCAAAGAUGGGUAUCGACUCAGGAGAAGGAGAGACCGUUUCCCUCUUCGAAACAGACGCUCGUUCGCCCAGCUUCCUUCACAACGCAGAGCUGCCCGGGCGAGAAGUACGACAUCAUUCUCUUCUGCCAUGUCUUAUAUGGACUAAAACAUAAGGAAGAGCUCAUCAGACAUACUAUCGAGAUGCUACCAGAAGAUCCGCUAGAUGGUAUAGUCAUUAUCUUUCACCACCUUGGCUCCCUCAAUCUCCACAACCUGGUCUGUCACCGUUCGCUAUGUUUCCCCAAUCGUACUGUAGCUAUCAAAGACGACGAUGAAGCCAUCAACAGUUUCACUCGCUUCAUCGCCGGAUACCGAUUGGAGACCGGAGUAUUAUAUGAGACCCGUCAGGCUCAGUGGCGGGCCAUCUGCCGUCAACUGGCGCGCCGUGACGACGAUCGCCCAGGUCAUCUUAUAUUUAGCUCUCCUGAAAUCAUGAUAGCAAUGACCCGACAUGCCAACAAGCUCCCUGACUUGACCGCUCUUGUGCCGUUGGUACACAGGCCCUACCAAGUCAAGAAUCGACAGGCGUUAUCCAACAGCCCUGCUGCUAUCGUUAGACCAAUGGACAUCAGCCAAGUUCAAUCAUGUGUUCGAUGGGCACUGGCCAACAAAACUAACUUGGCGAUCCUGGGUGGUGGCCACAGUGAUCAUUGCCUUUGGCCUAAUGUAGUUUCCGUCGACAUGAGUGCCUUCAACAAAGUCCACGUCGUCAAUCCACCCCAAGAUGUGGACACGGAGUGUUGGGUUGUCGCCGAAGCUGGAUGUAAGACGGGAGACAUCAUUCGCGAGACCAUGUCGGUGGGCGUGACAGUGCCUUUGGGCUCCCGACCGAGUGUUGGCGCUGGGCUUUGGCUCCAAGGUGGCAUUGGACAUCUGGCUAGGUACUAUGGCCUCGCCUGUGACGCUAUCGCCGGCGCUGUCAUGGUUGAUGUGAUCAGUGGUCAAGUUCUCUGUAUCGGUUACGUUCCUGAAGAACAUCGACCGCCGAAUGCCGUUCGCCACCAACGUGAUAAGGAACUAUUAUGGGCCUUGAAGGGAGCCGGAACGAACUUCGGUAUUGUCAUCAGCGUUACUUUCAAGUCUUGCACAUCUCAGAAGUUCUCAGUAUCUGAUUAUGGCUGGCCAAACGGCCAUAACGCUGAAGAGACACUGAGAAAUUUGAGUCGCGAUGUAUCCAGCAAGUAUCCUGACUGUAUUUCCUCAGACUUUUACCUGUACUGCGAAGGUGGUAAAAUCUGUUGUGGAAUGACCAAUUUCUCAUGUUCCUUGGAGGGUGUCUCACAGGACGUCUCUACGGGACCGCCUCCGAAGAUAGUUGAUGCUAUUGAGCUCUUCGACACCGAGGCAUAUGUAUCCAAGAUGCAUCAAGGACACGGGGGCAGCAAGACCUCUGCCUUCAAACGGUGUGUAUUUCUGAAGGACAUAGCCAACACCAAUACCAUGAAAGUCUUGAUAUCUGCCACAAGGGACGGCCCUACGCCCUACUGUUAUUUAAACUUUGUGCAUGGUGGUAAAGCCGUGAGGCAUGCUGCCCCCCAAGAUACUGCUUUUGGCUGUAGAGACUGGGAUUUUGCGUGCGUGGUUACUGGUAUCUGGCCUAGAGAAUAUGAUGGAAAACCCAUUGCUGACGCUGUUAUUCGCUGGGUAUACCGGGUUGUCAACGAGCUCUUGCCGAUGAGCAAAGGGGUGUACAGUGCAGAUCUUGGACCCGACCCUCGAGAUAGUAUCUUGGCUACCAAAGCUUUUGGUCCCAAUCGCAGACGAUUGGUCAAGCUCAAGAAAGCAUUUGACCCAAAGAACAUCCUCGCGUACACUUGCCCUCUGACACUCAUCGGUCUGUCACAGAAGCUCGUCAUUCUUGUCACCGGCGAGCACGGUGCUGGAAAGGACUUUUGUGCCGAUAUCUGGUCUACCGUCUUCAAAGUUCACGGAUACAGUAGCCGGGUGGUCAGCAUUAGCGAGGAGACCAAGAGGAAAUACGCAGCAGCAACAGGCGCCGACCCUGACCGUCUGAUUAAUGAUCGACCCUACAAAGAACAGCACCGGAAAGCUAUCUAUGAUUUCUUCAAGAAGAAACUGAUGGCAGAUCCUUCUGUGGGAGAUGACCACUUUAUUGAAGUGCUGGAAGAAGAUGCUUCGGAUGUGCUGUUCAUCACUGGGCUGAUUAACGUUCGGGUCCAGGCGAGCGAGGCCACGCGAAACUUGAGGAGAUGGGGAGACAGAAACAACUUCAACACAACACAUUGCGGAGAGUACAUGUGUGAGGACAGUACCUACUUACCAAACUUCAACUUUGACAACGAAGCGAAUGGAGAUGAUACUGUCAUCUCAUUUGCCAUUCAAGGUCUUGUUCCGUUCAUGAGCCAAGAGCUUCUGAACCUGGCUGGCAUGGUGCCAACAGUACCGAACUUCCCACGCAAGGGUAUCAACUAUCGCUACGUGCUGAAUAUAGCCCAACAGAAGGGAGGAUUGGCGCUGUGCACUUCGCUCCUGAAGAUUCAUUUCUCAGGGAAGUGGGAUGAGGUGGAUGCUAUAGUUACUAGCGAAGCAAGUGGGUAUGUCUUUGCCCUGCCUCUGGCAACGGAACUAGGAGUUCCUCUGUUUCCCAUUGCAAAAGGGAAUAAACUCCCCCCACCUAAGGUGUCUGCUCAGAGACGUUCGUCGCACAUCUCAUCUCACAUACCCGGCGCGGCGGAUAAGGGUGGAUUUGAAAUGGACGCCAACGCAGUUCGCAAAGGUGAUAGAGUGGUUGUAGUUGACGAUGUUCUCGCAACUGGAGAAACACUCGUGGCGGUGAUCGAGUUGCUGGUCAAGGCUGGCCUACGACUAGAGGAUAUUAGCGUCAUGGUUGUUGCGGAGUUUCCUUUUCAUCGUGGACGACAGAGAUUAUGGGAGAGUGAGUUUGGAAGAGUGGCGAUCCAGAGCCUCCUGGUGUUUGAUGGGGAGUAG